AUGACCGACGACAGCGCCUCGGCCUCACCCCCGAGGGGCGAGGGGGAGGGCCCGCGAUCCUCGUCCGGCACAGACUCGUCGCACCCCGCGAGCCAAGCACGUGCGAACGCGAACCGGGUGCUGGAACUGCAGGCCCACCCGUCGAUGCUUGAGACGGCGAAAAGCCAAAGCUGCGGAGAUGUUGAGAUCAUUGAUGUGACCAGCGAGGUCAUCCGAGACUAUUGGAAUGAGCCCAACAUGUCCGCCAACGGCGGCCGCCCUGCCGCAGGCCAACCUCGCAGGACGUCAGAUCAGCAGGACCUGAGGGAUCAACAACGGCGUGGAUCCCCGAAAUCUUCGAAAGACAGCACAGUUUCCACGCUGUCUGGCCAGAGGGACGACGUGGCUUCGCUGACCGCCGCAGGCAGCUCGGGACAUGCCACUGAUGCUGCCUCAGCACCUGUGACGCCGGCCCCAGGCCAUCUUCCAAACCUUGAGGGCUCAGCAAAUAUCCCGUCGCCGCAUUCGUACGACAUGAUUCAUUCUGCAGCCGCCCAAUUGCUUGACUUGGGGUGCUCAGCCCCCGGGGCGCCUCCUAAUGUCGAUGCAUCGCAGAAUGCGCUGCUGCACCCGGCAACCCAUAGCAGCAACCCUAGUAUCGCCAGCCCGGGCUCCGAGGGCAUGUCACACGAUGGCAUCUUCUUGCCUGGCUCGGCGUACCUGGAAUUCCACUCUGCUUUGAGAAGUCAUACUUUCUAUGCGGCUCGCUCGGCUUUGCCCAGUCGAUGCGGGACGCCAGAGUGCCCAGAGACAGCGCACGCAGCGACAAGAGCUGAAGACACGGUAUCGGCGCUAGACGAUGUGGCUUUAUCCCGGCCAACUCCGAGGCUCAGCGAGUUGUCACAACAGGAGGAAUUUGAAUUAUGGAAGAACUGGGUGGACGAAAUCGGUCCAUGGCUUGACAAAUUUGACAACCAGCGACGGUUCGUUCGCGUCUUGCCACCACUGGCACGAGAACAUCCCCACUUGCGAUUCUCGAUGCUUGCACUCUCAGCUCGGCAGCUGGAGCGAAAGUUUCCAGACCGGCCUGCCACAAGCCUAGGACUCUACCAGGAAGCUAUCCACCAGCUUGUUCCGCAGCUUCAGACAAGGACGACGACUGUGGUGGCAUCAUGUGUUGUUCUCUGUGUUCUUGAGAUGAUGAGCUGCUCUCCAAAAAUGUGGCGUCGACAUCUUGAUGGCUCCGCCAGCCUGAUCCUGUCACUGGGCAUCAAUGGAUUCUCUGGAGGAUUGGAGCAGGCUCUCUUCUGGUGCUUCGCACGCAUGGAUCUAUGCGGCGCACUCAUCUCAGACGAGCGGACUAUUAUUCCGAUCGAGAGUUGGUUGCCGAAGCCAGCUGCGAACGAAAAUGUUCACCUCGCCUACAGUGCUGCUGGAUUUGAUAUGUACGCCAAUUACAUCGUACACCUCUGUGCCGAGGCCAUGGACCUAUUUGCCGACAGCACAAAAGGCCGCGAGGAUUUCAACCGUCGCUGGAGCAGUCUCUUCUCACGUCUCAACGACUGGUACCACUUGCGUCCGCCGGAGAUGAGACCUGUUCUCGACCUACCACAGUUAGAAACUGAGCCUGAACGACCAUUCCCAAUCCUUCUAUUCUCAAACCCGUCCGCCAUAUCUGGGAACCAAAUGUACCAUACCGCCGCUCUCCUCAUGCUGCAGAGAAUCCCCCGAAGCACGAGGUUGCCGCCCGGGACUCGGUCCAUGCUCUGGCACGCUCGUAGGAUCUGCGCCAUCUCGAUAUCGAACACCGACCACGCCUGCUGGACCAACUGCAUCCAGCCUCUCUGGAUCGCAGGGCGCAUCAUGUCCAACCCGUCCGAGCACCGCGCGAUACUCAAGACGUACGAGCUCAUCGAGAAGGAGACCGGCUGGGGUGCAAAGUGGCGGGCCGAUGACCUCAGGACAUUCUGGGGAGACCUCGACGGAGGCUGA